AUGACGACAUACCUGCUCUAUGAGAGUGCUGCAGGCUACGCCUUGUUUCUCAAGAAGGAAUUCGAAGAGACUGCCGAGACUGAGGAGGAGGUCCAGAACUCCCUCCUGGACCCAAAGAAAGUGAGCAAGAUUGUGUCCCUGCAUGCGUGGACUCCGUUCCGGGAUGCGGAGGAUGCAUUGAACCAAGCAAACUCUGUUGCGGCCGGUACUGCGACGGAGGAGCUGGUCAACUUCUUGGAGAUGAAUUUGCCCAAGAAGAAGAAAUCCUAUCAGUUGGGCGUGUACGACCCGGAGCUCGGCAAGGCUUUGGCCGAACAGUUCCCGAUUGCUCACGGCCAGUCGGUGAAGGAGCUGCUGCGAGGCUGCCGUUUGCACUUCAACCGCCUGGUCAAGGACCUUAACGAGAAUGAUUUAGACAAAGCCCGGCUUGGGCUGGGCCACGCUUUCAGCCGAGCACGAAUGCAGCUGGACCCGAACAGACAGGACAAGCCCAUCAUGAACACCAUCGCCUUGUUAGACAAUUUGGACAAGAAUAUCAACACCUUCGCGAUGCGAGUUCGCGAAUGGUACGCCUGGCACUUCCCGGAGCUCACAAAGAUCGUAACAGACAACAUCGCCUAUGCAAAGGUUUCCCGUGUCGUCCGCGUCAGGGACAACUUUGAAGGCGACAAAGAGGCUUUGACAGAAGCCUGUGGAUCAGAAGAUGUUGCAGAUGAGAUCUUGAAGGCGUUGAAGAUGUCCAUGGGACAGGACAUAGUCGAGAUGGACAUGAAGAACAUAGAUCACUUUGCAAGCGAAGUGAUCAAGCUUGCAGAUAUGCGCAAGACGCUGCAUGAGUACCUGAAGGCGAAAAUGGACCUUGUUGCCCCUAACUUGGCGGCACUGAUUGGUGAGAUUAUCGGGGCGCGGCUGAUAUCUCAUGCAGGUAGCCUCACGAACCUCGCGAAGUAUCCGGCUUCCACUGUUCAGAUCUUGGGUGCGGAGAAGGCCCUCUUCCGCGCCAUCAAGACCAAGGGCAACACUCCAAAGUAUGGACUGAUAUUUCACUCCACUUUCAUCGGCCGCGCGCAGCAGAAGAACAAAGGCAGAAUAUCUAGGUACUUAGCAAACAAAUGCUCUUUAGCAUCGCGAAUUGAUUGCUUCUCUGAUGAAGCGACAACAAUUUUUGGUGAGAAGCUGAAAGACCAGGUGGAGGAACGGCUGACGUUCCUAUCUGAGGGCACCACUCCGCGCAAGAAUCUGGAAGUUAUGCAGGAAGCCAUCAAGGAGGUGACCAAGUUGCGCAAGAAGAGAGCAAAGAAGGCCAAGGCUGCAGCAGCGGCUGCAGCAACCGGUGAGGAGGUUGAGGAAGGGGCUGUGAAGCCAAGGAAGCGGGUGGCCGAAGUUGCGGAAGAGGAAGAAGAGACGCCUCCACCCAAAAAGAAGAAGAAGCGGGCUCAAGAAGCCGAGGAGGAUGCUGCAGAGGCCGCGCCGGCCACGCCCAAGCGCAAGAAGAAGGCUGCAGCGUGA